AUGCGCUCCACCACGCCACCGCUGUACUACAGGCGCCCCGAAGGCGUCCCGCUGCAGUACUACACCGCCGCCACCGACGCUGCUGUCGCGGCGCGAGACGUGCCCCCCGCACUGCGUGUGCCGCCGCUGACAGCAGCAGCAGCGGGUAAUUUGGGCCAACCCGCGGCGCCGAACUUCGCCCGCCUCGGCUCCACGGAACAGGCGACGCAUGGGCCUCCGCCCACCGUGAACAACGCGUUUCCUUCCGUGCGGUCUGUGGUCAACCCUUUCAACCUCGUCAACCCCUCACCGCGCGCCUCUGUGGCGGCCGAAAACCCGGCGGAUCUCCUGCAACAGAGCGCGGCCCGCUGGAGCACGACGGCGAGUCAAAGCGCCCAGGCCCUCUCCGCGCUAGAGACAGAGGAGGCCUCCCUGUUGCUCGAGGAGCAGGCGACGAAGGCGAAACUGGCGGAGCUGCAGGUAACGCGGCAGCGCCAGAUGGAAGAGCAGCUUGAACUCAGCCGUGGGUGGGCGGCGCUGCUUGACCGCGAGGAGCGCUACUUCACGGAGCCCCUCUUGGACCUCUCGGAGGAGCUCAUGGCGAGGGAGCGUCAGUGCGGCCUCCUGCAGGACCAACUGCAGCAGGCGGAGGCGCACCUCGAGGCCCUCCAUCGCGAGCAUCAGGCGUACGACGCGGUUGUAGAGGGAAAGAAGACUUUGGAAGCAGAGCUGCAACGGGUGCGGGAGGGAUUUCUGGCGAUUGAGAAGCGCCGCCAGGCUUGCAGGUUGCGGGCAGAGCUCUUCUUCGACGUCGAGUCGAAGCGCGCCGCGCAGGCGUCGCACCAUGUGCGGGUGCUGGACGCGCAGCUGAAGGAAAUGACUUCGACCGGGCCCUUGGCGGAGUUGCGGUCGGCGCCGCCGUCGCGGUCCACGUCACGCGGGGUCACCUUCGCACAGAAGAGCAUCAUUAUUGACGUUGGGCCCCACGCCAAGGAGGCGACGGCGGAGGAGGAGGACGGCGAGGAGGCCGGACUCACGCAAGGACUUGGCGGCACGUCUGUAUGCCUGCAGAAUGACGAUGACGACGACGUCGGUGGCAUCGGCGGGCAGAGUGCCGCCUACUCCCUCUGCCUCCCCAAGAGGCACCGGGUUGAGGUGCCCACGGCCUGA